AUGGCUCACAGCAAUGAUAAAGUUUCCGAUUGUUUUGAAGAAAGUGGCAUUGGAGAAUUUGAGGAAAGUGGCACUGAAAAAUUUAAAUUUAGUAUUGAGGAAGAAUUUGAAGAAAGUAUUAUUCAGGAAUUUAAAGGAUGUAGUAUCAAGGAGUCUAAAGAUGUUGCUGAGCGGAGGAUUGAGAUUGGGCAGAGGAGGAUUGUUGUUGAACUUGGAGGAUUUGGUAUUAUAUUUAAAGCUAAUCGGUUAAAUGAUGCAGAUGAAGAAGUAAUUCUUAAAUGUCACAAGAAUUUAAACGAAAAUUUAUAUGAAUUUUUAAAUGAAUGGGAAUAUCAUGAAAAGUGUUUGGAUUCAGAUAAUAUUAUUAAUUUUUAUGGAUUUACAAAAGAUCCAAAUACUUCAAAAUAUAUGGUAGUAAUGGAUUAUGCAAACAAGGGUAAUUUAAGAGGAAAUUUAACAGGAAUAAUCAAAAAUAAUUGGAAUCAAAAAUUAUAUAUGUUGUAUGAAAUUAUUUCUGGACUUAAUGAGAUACAUGGAAAUAAACUUAUUCAUUGUGAUUUUCAUGAUGGCAAUAUUUUAAAUCACAAUUAUGAGAAUAACGAUAAAAUUUAUAUUAGUGAUUUAGGAUUAUGUCAACCUGUAAAAUCAUUCUUGCAAAAGUAUGAUAUUUAUGGUGUUAUACCAUUUAUGGCACCUGAAGUUUUAAGAGGCAAAUCUUAUACUCCAGCUAGUGAUAUAUAUAGUUUUUCUAUGAUUAUGUGGGAAUUUACAUCUGGAGUGCCGCCAUUUAAUGAUAAAGCACAUGAUCUUCAUCUUAGUUUAAGUAUUUGUAAAGGUGAACGUCCUGGAAUUAUUGAAAAUACUCCACAAUGUUAUGUAAAUUUGAUGAAAAAAUGUUGGAAUGAAGAUCCAUUAAAAAGGCCAUCUGCAUCAGAAGUGAGAUAUGUUAUUAAAAAUUGGAUUUUCCGUCCUUAUAAUGAAGAAUUAAAAAGUAACAUUAUGGAAUUUAUAAAUGCACCGAUUAGGAAGCACAACAAUCUUGCUACUGAAUCUCAUCCACAAGCAUGUUAUACAAGUCGCUUACUUGAUUUUACUAGUAAAAAAUUGAAUGAAAUUCUUGUAAGUGAAGAUUCACAAGCUUAUAAUGCAAGUUAUUCUUCUACUGGUAUAACUGAAGAUUUAAAUGAUUGCAUAAUUAAAGUUAUGAAUAAUUAG